AUGAUUCAGAGAAUUCUGCUGCUUGCUCUUCUCAACCUUGGGUUUUCUGGAUCACAAGCAGGUUCAAAGAAGACAGUUAAAAACAACUCAGGGGUGAUCCCAGAAGGUCUGUGUGGUGCCUGGGUUAAAGACCCUGAUGGAGGUUCCUUCACUUCUCCUAAUUUUCCUGAGAAAUAUCCUCCUGAUAGAGAAUGCACAUAUAUAAUCGAAGCAUCUCCGAGACAGUGCAUCGACUUGUACUUUGACAAACAGUACGCCAUAGAGCCAUCAUGGGAAUGCAAGUUUGACUACAUCGAAGUUCGAGACGGCCCAUUCAGCUCUUCGCCCAUUAUCGGUCGAUACUGUGGGCAGAAGAGCCCGAUGUAUGUGAGGUCCAGCGGGAGAUAUCUUUGGAUUAAGUUUGUUGCAGACAGUGAACUUGAGGCCACUGGGUUUUCUGCAAGAUACAAUUUCACUCAAGAUCCUGAGUUUAAAGACGUUGAAACUCCUCUAACACUGCAAACGUGUGAUUUUGAGAUGAGUGGGCCUGAAGGCAUCAUCGAGUCUGCUAUGGUGGAGAAGGAGAGCAAGGCUCUGAAAUCAGAGGCUGUGGACUGCAAAUGGCUCAUUCAAGCACCACCUGGCUCAAAGAUUUACAUGCGCUUUCUGGAGUACGAGAUGCAGAACUCGAACGAGUGCAAGCGCAACUUCGUGGCGGUGUACGACGGCAGCAGCUCAGUCGAGCAUCUGAAGAAUAAGUUUUGCAGCACGGUGGCCAACGAUGUCAUGCUGCUCACGUCCGUAGGUGUCAUCCGCAUGUGGGCUGAUGAGGGCAGUCGCAAAAGUCGCUUCCGUAUCCUUUUCACCACCUUCAGAGAACCUCCAUGUGAGGAAGAUACGUUCUUCUGCCACAGCAACAUGUGUAUUAAUCACACUCUAGUGUGCAAUGGCAUCCAGAACUGUGUCUAUCCCUGGGAUGAAAAUGGCUGCAAAGAGAAAAGAAAAGCCACCAUCUUGGACAACAUGGACCACACUAACAUGACCAUAAUCGGGGUGACCUGUGGUGUGGUUCUUGUUCUGCUCACGGCAUCGAUCAUCAUCCAGAUCAAGCAACCACGCAGGAAGUACCUUGUGAGGCCGGAUGAAUUUGACCCUGCGCUGCUGCCUGAGCCUCUCGAGCCACCACAUUAUGAGAUGUGCGCUUUGAGGAGCAUGGCGUCUGCUGAGGAGUUCCCUGGGCUGCGUCGCUCCUCCUCUAAGUGUGUUCAUGCACACCAUUGUGGCUCUCAGGCAUCCAAUGGCAGCUGCACUGACAUGAACCUGAGUGUCCUCGCUGAGACGACCAGCAACCCAUCCAGGAGCAUCAUGGUGAUGAAGCACAGCCACUCGCUUGAGGACACUGAGGUAUGUGAGCUAGACGAUGAGCUGGAGGAUGAGAGCAUGGAGGAACAGGCAUGGAGGAGUGUCAAUGGACAUGAGCGUUCAGUCCAUGUGCAAUGAUUUCUUACUGAGAUGAUCACAGAUUGCCUGUAGAAGACUGACACCAUAGAAGAAUGAAGAUCUUUUUUACCAAGUCCAGGAAAUAGAAAUAUUCUAGAAGCUUCCCAAAACUAAUAUUGGAAUUUUGUUAAGUCAUUUAAUGUCGUCUUUAUACACGUGAAGUAAUAAAACUGGGUUCUUUUUCUGCUUUACAUUCUUUAUCUGUGCUAUUGAGAUUUGUUUUUGCUUAUCAUUUGUUUUGCUCUUUGCUUGUGGUUGUGAAUUGAUACUGGUUGAUAUUUGUUUUAGUGCUUUGUGUUUAUUAUGUUCUGCAUUUGAUCACCAGAUUGUCUGGAAAUACUCGAAUUUUUUAUUUGUUAGUUUGUUAUUUGCUUUUGUCUGUCACACACACACACACACACA